AAGCUGGGUAGAUGGAUGUGUGAAGAACUAUCACAACAUAAUGUUAAGAUUGAAGACAUUGUCGCUCACAUCCAGGAUGAGACAGAGGGUGUGCCCAUCAGAACUGUCAAAAGUUUCAUGACCAAAAUCCCUAGUGUUGUUACUGGUACAGAUAUUGUACAGUGGCUGAUGAAGAACCUGUCCAUCGAGGAUCCAGCUGAGGCCAUCCACAUUGGGAGUCUCAUUGCAGCUCAGGGGUACUUCUUCCCGAUCUCAGACCACGUCCUCUCCCUCAAAGACGAUGGUGCUUUCUACCGCUUUCAGGCACCAUAUUUCUGGCCGUCCAACUGUUGGGAGCCUGAGAACACAGACUAUGCUAUCUACCUGUGCAAGCGGACCAUGCAGAAUAAGACCAGACUGGAGCUGGCAGAUUAUGAAGCGGAGAAUCUAGCCAGACUGCAGAGAGCCUUUGCCAGGAAGUGGGAGUUUAUCUACAUGCAAGCUGAGGCCCAGGUCAAGAUUGACAGGAAAAAGGAUAAAACUGAGAGGAAGAUCCUUGACAGCCAGGAGAGAGCCUUCUGGGAUGUCCAUAGACCUGUACCUGGAUGUGUUAACACAACAGAGAUGGACAUCAGGAAAUGUAGACGCAUGAAGAACCCUCAUAGAGUUAAGAAGUCAGUGUAUGGUUUGGUGGAGGAGGGAACACAGUCACAGAGUCCGAUACAUACUCCUUUGCACCACUGCAGGAAAGGCACCAAGGAGGAUGUGGAGAAAGAGAUCUUAUUCCUGAACACCCAGCUAGAUCGUCACUGUAUGAAGAUGUCUAAAGUUGCUGAAAGUCUGAUAAGCUACACUGAGCAGUUCAUGGAGUAUGACCCAUUUCUGACUACACCGGAACCGUCCAACCCAUGGACCAGCGAUGAUCCCUCCUUCUGGGAUCUGGAGGCCAGUAAGGAGCCCAGUCAACAAAGGGUGAAGAAGUGGGGUUUCUCUCUGGAGGAGGCCCUGAAGGACCCCGCAGGACAGGAGCUCUUCUUCAAGUUUCUGGAGUCAGAGUUCAGCUCAGAAAACCUGCGGUUCUGGUUGGCGGUACAGGACCUGAAAAGGAUUCCCCAGCAGGACGUGGCACAGAGGGCUGAAGAAAUUUGGGCCGAAUUCCUGGCGGAGGGAGCACCCAGCGCCAUCAACCUUGACUCUCACAGCUACGAACGCACGAGCCAGAACCUGAAAGACCCUGGACGAUACAGCUAUGAGGACGCACAGGACCAUAUCUACAAGCUGAUGAAAAGUGACAGUUAUGCACGCUUCCUGCGCUCCAAUGUGUACCAGGACCUGCUGAUGGCAAGGAAGAAACCUGAAACAGAGCAGGGGCGACGCACUUCCCUGGAGAAGUUCACUCGCAGUGUGGGCAAGUCACUGACGGGCAAACGACUGACCGGUCUCAUGCAGUCGUCCUGACAAGGCCUGGAUUAAGAGUAGGAGGAACCAUACCCAGAAGAGCUGCUUACCCUUGGCGAGCAGGUGGAAAAGGACCCUGGGGUAUUUGGGUGUGGCUGUGGAAGGCGGGUGAGGGCGCCACCAACGAGCCUAGACUGCUGGACUGGACUGCAACCACGUUUGAAAAUCACCUCAGAUCAGUUCAAGAAGACCGACAUCAUGCAAUAAGUCACCAGACCUGAAUCCAGGACAGUGCUGUCACAGUGUAGAUGACAAACAAUGCUACUCUUCUUAGGGGGUUUCUACUCAAAAGCCUGCACCACGCCAGGCUUUCUUGUUUGUCUUGUUUUUCUGUAUCUACACUCAUGUUUCUAUGGUAGCUGAAGAUGCUUAUGCUUUACUUUCAGUGAUAUAAACACAGAAUGCUUGAAUGCCAUCAAAAUGAGACUUAGAUUAAUGCUGUAGCUAGCCGUUUUAUCUUCACGUCAUUCACUAGAAUGAUAUAAAAGAAAGAGGGAUGACCGUGCUCUUGAACUGCUCAAUCAUCACACUGAUGGCAGUCAGACUUUCUGCUUUAAUGGUGGAACAGGUGGAGCGGUACACCAACUUUUUAGUAAGAGCUUUUUGAUCAAUCAAUUAAUGUGGGAUGACACAAGAUUCACAAACUUCUGUGUCCAAUAGUGGUUUAGUUGGUCACAAUGUGUGUUUAUAUUUUAGAAUUAUCAUAUAAACUUAUUUCUGUUUUAUGCUUAUUACAGACUGAUUAAAACUACCAGUGACAACUUGUAUAAUUUCUCCUCUAAACACUGUGACCUGCUGUGGUUUCAGUAGGCCGUUCCUGCAAAACAGGUAACAGGAAAAUUCUUAUUUUAUUAUUAUUAUUAUUAUUAUAUUAUAUCUGGCACCUAUAGGGCAGAUAAGACAGAGUGUUUUCACCUGCAGUAGUCAUCAACAGAUAACAAAAAGCACAGUUCUGGUUAUUUCUUAGAAUUUCCCACAUGAUAUAAGAGAAGAAAUUAAAAUUUCAUAUGUUACCACUGCCACUGUAAUUGUUUUUAACAAGCAUUUCUCAACAAAGCCUUGUGACAAAAAAGUUAAGGACAGAUUGAGCAUUUAUCAGAGACAGGUGUAUGACUUUAAAUAAGUGAUUUGAUAUAAUGUCAGGCUUUAUUCUUUUCUUCUGAACAUUCCACUAUAGGCGGCCACAACAAGGUUUAGUGGGCCGACCUCUAACCAUUCUUCACCUUAUGUAAAGAGGACCACGAUAAUAAAAGAGUAAUGCACAAUGAAGAGAGGGAUUUGGCCCAUUAUUUCAUAUGUGUCCGUUAAUUCCUCCAGGAGCUGCAAAGAAAUCCACCUUUAUAUUCCAUGAAUUGGGGAAAUAUUCAAGUUUCCAGAACAUACCUGGGGUAAUGAAGAAUAGGUACAUCUUGGCUCUUUGUAUUCACAUACCGCCCUCUAGUGCAUUUGGAAAGUAAGUGCUGGUAAAUGUCUCAAGAUUAAUUCUCAUCUCUCGCUAACUUGGACACAGUUUACAGAAUAAAAAAAAAAAAUAUAUAAAAU